UAAUUUAGUUUUAUAAGUCUCGACUCAUUUUGAUAUCACAAUUAGCUUUUUAUGCUAAUCAAACAUAUGUCACUUCCGCCCUUUCAAUUGCGCCAUUUUGGAUAGGGCAGUUUAUAGUCUAGGAUGGGUGUAUUGUCUUUAUAGGGAAGAGAUGGGUAUGCAUUAUUAUCAGUAAACAGUCACAGAGUUUACACAGUUUUGGAUGAGGGGUAACUACGUCGUAAUAUUUAAAACAACGCUACUUUAUCUUUUCCUGCAAUGGGCAUUUUCGAUGUUUAUCUAGCUAAAUGAGUUCCAGCGGCACUUCAUCCCCGGCAUCCGAGAAGGAUACUCUGUGUCGGAUAGUGAGAGGAGUCGAGCUCCCUCACGGUGUGGUGUGACCGCUUGGAGAGUAGACGGCAAGGCGGUUAUUCCCGGCUGCUUAUUUGGAGGAAUAGGAGGGAACGUGAGUGCCCAACGAUUUAUCUCACCGUUUCUCGUAAUUGAAAUCAUUUACACCAACGGGACCACCGUAUUUCAAACCAGUGGCCAGCAUGUUCCAGCUCCCGGUCAACAACCUGGGCAGCUUACGGAAAGCCAGAAGAAAUGUCAAGCGGGUUCUGGGAGACAUCGGCCUGGAGUUUUGUAAAGACCAUAUUGAGGACUACAAAGACUAUGUCCCUAAUGAGUUCUACAUCAAGCACACCACCUGGGAUGAUGUGUGUAUGUGGGAUCCUUCACUGACCAAAGCUCAGGACUACAGAUCAAAGCCUUUCUGUUGUUCCGGCUGCCCCUUCUCUUCCAAGUUCUUCUCGGCGUACAAGAGCCACUUCCGCAAUGUCCACAGCGAGGACUUCGAGAGCCGCAUCUUGCUUAACUGCCCCUACUGCACCUACAAUGGGAACAAGAAGACCCUGGAGACGCACAUCAAGCUGUUCCACAUGCCCAACAACGUGGUGCGACAGGGUCCCGGAGGCAUGCAGGGGCUAAAGGAUGGCAUGCAGCUGGGCAAGAGGCCUGGAGAGAGCAUCGAGCAGGCGGUGUACUACUGCAAGAAGUGCACCUACAGGGACCCGCUUUACAACGUGGUGCGCAAGCACAUCUACAGAGAACACUUUCAGCAUGUGGCCGCACCCUACCUGAUUAAGCCUGAGGAAAAGACCACACCUAACGGUGCUGCAGCAGGUGCGGGCACAGGGAACACAGACAGCAGCAGCAACACCAAUGUCAAUGCUAACAGCAACACCAUCCACUGCAAGCGCUGCCUCUUUGUGCUACGUACCUAUGAGGCACUCGUGCAGCAUGUUAUUGAGGACCACGAGCGCAUUGGUUACCAGGUGACUGCCAUGAUUGGUCACACAAACGUGGUGGUGCCACGGGUCAAGCCUGUCAUCAUGGUAUCCCCCAAGCCGGGAGAAAAGACUGUCAUUGGUGUAGGACCCAAAGGUCAGCUGGUGACCACCACUGUGGGGGGAGUCCGCUCCCUUCCCACCCAGCAGCUCAGCAGGAUCGUCAUCCCAAAGCCAGGCCUAAGCUCAACGGGACUCCUGUCUGGGUCUCACCUGAAGCAGGGGGCUUUUGGGUUAAAGAGUGGGACCACUCAGUCCUUCUCUAUAGGUGGGCAGCAGGUGAGAAUCACUCUACCUGGCAAUGCACAGGUCUCUGUGCCCCAGCAUUCGCAGGCUGCCAAACAGAACCUCCCUGGUGGCUUGCGGAGCCCCAUAGUGGUGAGUUCCUCCUCGUCUACACUCAAGCCCACCCAGCUGAACUCCCGGGUCCAGGCAGCUGCCACCACGGUGGCCUCAGUCACAGCCAAGGGGAAGGGGGGCACUUCAGUCCUGGGCACAUCUUACACCCAGAAGUGGAAGAUCUGCACUAUCUGCAACGAGCUGUUCCCUGAGAAUGUGUACAGCUCGCACUUUGAGAAGGAGCACAAGGCGGAGAAGGUCCCUGCAGUAGCCAACUACAUCAUGAAGAUCCACAACUUCACCAGCAAGUGUCUGUACUGCAACCGCUACCUGCCCAGUGACACUCUCCUCAACCACAUGCUGAUCCACGGCCUGUCCUGCCCGCACUGCCGCGCCACCUUCAACGACGUGGAGAAAAUUGUGGCACACAUGCGACAGUCCCACCCGGACGAGACGGUGGGGCCCCGCACUGACUCCCCUCUGACUUUUGACCUCACUCUGCAGCAGGGCAACCCCAAGAAUGUCCAGCUGAUUGUCACCACCUACAACAUGAGAGACGCACCAGAGGAGUCAGUGGCCUUCCAUGCCCAGAGUGCCUCCUCUUCCACACAAACUGGCAAGAGGACAGUGCCCAGCCAACCCCCAAAGAUGCCCUCUGAAUCCGAAGAUGGUUCGCCUCCCAAGAGUGCACCUCAGGCGGCCGUGCCGUACAAGAAAGACGUGGGCAAGACUCUGUGCCCGCUGUGCUUCUCCAUCCUCAAGGGCCCCAUCUCUGAUGCACUGGCACACCACUUGAGAGAGAGGCACCAGGUCAUCCAAACAGUGCACCCAGUGGAGAAAAAACUCACCUACAAAUGUAUCCACUGCUUGGGUGUGUACACAAGCAACAUGACUGCCUCCACCAUCACACUGCACCUAGUGCACUGCCGUGGUGUGGGAAAGACCCAGAACGGGCAAGACAGCAGGCCUGCGCCCUCCCCCAGGGUCUCCCAGGCUCAGGGCACUGCCCUCAAACGGGCUGGCUUUGAGAACUGUGACCCUAACGACCCAAAGCGCCGUAAGCUGGCGCCUGGAGAGCAUGAGGGCUCUGCGGCUUUUGUAGAGAACCCAGACGAUCCUGUCAACCUGGUCCUUGACCCCAAAGGCCACGAGGAUGAGUCGUACGAGGCGCGGAAAGCCUUCCUGACGCAGUACUUCAACCGUGAACCCUACCCAAUGCGUAGGGAGGUGGAGAAGCUAGCCGCCAGUCUGUGGUUGUGGAAGUCUGACAUCUCCAGCCACUUCACCAACCGCAGGAGGAUAUGCACGCGGGACUGUGAGACCCAGAAGGCCAAGGUGUUGCUGGGCUUCAACAUGCGGGAGGUCAGUCGGCUCAGUCACGAACUGACCUUUGACCCUGAGUGCUUGUCUGAGGGCAAAGAAAGUGGAGAGGCAGUAGAGAGGCGGACGUCUAGGACGUGUAUCGGGCGGUCUGAGCAGGCCAUCCUGCGCAUAGAGGAGAGAGCUGCGGCUAACGAUGGUACUACACACCAGGAGGGUACGCCAACAGGGUCUGACAGUGGGGCCAGUGCCACCACCCAGCCCAACGGUGGUGCCAAGAGUGACCAAAACAAGAUAAUCGAAAGCACCUUAAAACAGAGAGGGCCUCAGUAUCUCUCAGAACCCAUCGCUAUUGACUCAGACAGCAAUGAGGAUGAAACGGAUGAUGGUGACGAAGAGGAUGAUGAAACAGGAGUAGUAGAACUGAAUUCCACGGGUAAUGACAGGCUGGCUGCAGAGGGAGAGGUAUUAGGGACAGGAGCCCACUCCAGCUCAGACCUAGAGGAUAUGGAGGAUGGGUCAGAGGAGGAGGAUGAGGAGGAAGAAGAGGGUCAUGUUGAGAAUGGAUAUGGCUCCUCGGCGUUGCCGGAGAGACAGGUUAAAGGGAAGGAAGCUAUUGCCAAACUGGGACACUCGGAAAGUGGAAAAACAAGUGUCCAACUCGGCAAGCAGCAGGUCUGACUAAUGGACACACACACAGGCACACAUAAACAAAUAACACGCACACAGAUAAGUUACUAACAUGUGAUCCAUGCCAACAACUCUGCCUCACCAGAACUCUAGAGCUGGAAAUGGUCAAUGGUGACAUGAGGGACAACGAGGGGAGAGUGUUAAGGAGAGCUUCUUCCCUUUUCACUUCAACAAGCCAUCCAAUGGCGUUUGGUCAAGUCAAAAGCCAAUUGAAGCUGCUCUGCAGUGAGAAGUAGUUAGGAGAGACAUAAGAUUUGUGAACAAAGAUUCAACUUUUCCUCCAGGGGGAAAAAAAAGAAACACUGAAGAUGCACCAAACGAUAGGAAAUGGGUUGCCUUCUAUUUACUUUACUACAAAAUUCAAAUAAGUACUUAUUCUUGUCCAAUUGGCCACAAGUUACAGUGUGGCAAAAACAUUUGAGUCAUUACAAGUUACUAGGUUUGAAGUAAAACUAGACUAUCCCAAAUGUUUCAUUUAGUCAUGCAGGAAUAGCUCAUGUAUAUUUGUACAGUCUUUUAGACAUGUUUGGAGAGAAGUUGCUGUAGAUGUACUCGUACAAUAUUAGCUAUUCUUUCUGUAUACAAGCUAGCCUCUUAUGUUCUACAUUGGUUCGCUAGACGAUAGAUGUCGCUUUGGUGGCUGGUAUUUUCUGUAUGUUUUUGUUUAUUUUUUUAAUAAAACCAUUACAUUUUUGCUAAAUAAUAUAUCUAUAUAUAAAUGCAAAUUUAAAUGAACAUAAUCGAUUGCUUUAGUUUUUCGGUCUUUGCUGACGAUUGAUUGAUUGUACUUUUUUAUUUGCAGUAUAACUUUGGUUCUAUUAAAGAAACUGUUUCUCAUAUCUUUAUCCUCCCACUUGGUUAGAGUAAAGGGGCAUUUCAACUGUUCUCUGUAGCUCAGUGUUUUGUAGUCUAGAUUGUACUUGCUUUGUCUCUUUUCAUGUACCUACCUUUUUACUUAUUCCCCCCCCUUCCCCCGAGAAUGGAUGUUUGCUGUCGCCUGUGAAACUGAGAGAGCAUUUGCUAUUAAUUACUUUUCUGUGGGUUUUAAUUUGUGAUCUUCAAUUUGUGUAUUUGUUUUUGUUUUACAUUUUUCACUUAUGAACAAUAAAGUGCUAUAUUGUGCUUCUCA